ACGCUAUAAAAUCUUAGCAGAAGAAGAAGCUGCCCAAUCAGAACUCAGCAAUGAGCAAAGCAGGAAGUCCACUCACUGAGCCAAGAGGAAAGAUUAAUCAAUGGGGAGAAUAUCAUAUUAACCUUUUUUUAAUGUUAUUAAGAGAGCUACUAAGAUGGACAACAUGGUGACAGACAGAAGAGACGAACCACAGACAGACUUUGUCUACUGUUGUGGAGCCAUCACAGAGGUUCUUAAAUUUGGCUCUUGCCAGUUACAGUCUGGACACAAGGUGCUUUUUCUCAUCAUUCCAGGUAACCCAGGUGUAGUGGGCUUCUACAGAACCUUCAUGCAAACUAUUCACAGUAUGUUUGGAUACCGCCACCCAGUGUGGGCUGUGAGCCACGCUGGUCACUGUGAACCACCAGACUCCAUGGAUAUGGUGGAAGAUGCCUCCUCAGCAUUAGAGAGUGAUGCGUUUGGUCUGAAUGGACAGAUUGAACACAAACUGGCCUUCCUCAGGAAACAUGUUCCCCGAGACACCAGCUUGGUCCUGGUGGGACACUCCAUUGGCUGCUACAUUAUUCUGGAGGUGAUGAAGAGAAAUCCUGAACUUAAGAUUAUGAAGGCCAUCAUGCUGUUUCCCACCAUUGAGCGCAUGGCUCAGACUCCUCAGGGGAAGGUCAUGACGCCUGUGCUGUGUCACAUGCGUUAUGCAGCCUAUCUGCCUCUCUUCCUUCUCUCUCUGCUGCCUGAGGGACUCAAGGCCAGACUGGUGAAACUGGUGCUCGGUGGCAUCCGCUCUCUGGACCACACCGUAGUCCAGCCUACUGUUGGUCUACUCAGUGGAGACUGUGCAGCCAAUGCAAUGUACAUGGGGGGUCAGGAGAUGAAGAAAGUUCUGGAACGAGAUAACAUUACCAUCAAGAAAAAUCUUGAAAAGCUUAUAUUUUAUUAUGGAGCUACAGACCACUGGUGCCCUGUCGAGUAUUAUCACGACAUCAAACAGGACUUCCCACAUGGAGAUUUAAGACUGUGUGAAAAGGGCUUCCGCCACGCUUUCGUCCUGGAUGCAGGAAAAGAAGUUGCCAAAAUGGUUGUUGAUUGGAUCAGUGGAGAUUUGAGGACUUGAGAUCAUUCUUCUUCUUCUCCUACCAUCUGUUCCUGCCUGCCUGACAUGAACACUCAGCAUCCAGACCAGGGUGAGGGGGGGGGGUACCAUGGGGUUCUUUUUAUUAGCGGAAAACAUGGAAUUGAGAAAACUAAGUGGUGAAGAAAUAUCAAAUGUUAAUUUAAUGUAUUUUAUCUGUUCAUAAUAAGCACAAUAACAGCUGUGUGCAUGACAACUAAUAAUAUCAAAUCAAAGUAAAGAUUUUAUGAAAACACUUUAUUAUUUUGAAUGGUUUAAGGAUUCCGUCUCUUAAGAUGAAACCAUUGAAGGCACUGCAGCACUUGUCACGCUAGUACCUGACAAAUUAUUCAAGUUUCUUUAUGUUGCCAUUUUGCACUUAUGCCAAUUUACUUUUAUAUUAUUUCUCACAUAAUAAUUAUUCAUGCAUUCCCAGGUGUGAUCACCUUAAGAGCUUAUUCAGUGUAUGGAAUUCAUCAUGGCUUUAUUUCUCAUCUGUUGCAUGUUCCUUUGUUUAACUUCUUUCAAUGCUACUCUACUGUGCACUUUCUCUCAUUUAUACAAAUAGCAAAAUAAGAACAAACUGUAACAACAAUCAUGCUGUUAAAUGAAGACCAGAAAAUGUGAUUUGCAUGGCAGUCCAUCAUCAAAAUUAAUAAAAUAGUAGUGCAGGGA